GGAGGCCAAAAUUGAGCUCGGGAACAGGACGACUUCCCCUGUUUAUGUGGAUUCUCAGGGUAAUCAAUCCCCUCCCCUCCCACCUGGACAUCAUCUGCUCUGGAAAAGAGUCUCACAGUAAGGAUUCUUUCCUUACCUCAGUAUGAAGCAACUGCUUUCACAGGGGCACCAGCCCCACUGCUUUCACCAUGUCUGAAGGUAACAUGUCACUGAAAAACGAGUCGAGAGUAAAUACCUCUGCACUGCAGAAAAUCGCUGCCGACAUGAGCAAUUUGAUAGAAAAUCUGGACACACGGGAGCUGCAUUUUGAAGGAGAGGAGGUGGACUAUGAUGUGUCUCCCGGGGACCCCAGGACUCAGGAAGUGUGUAUCCCUUUCUCUGCUAUUUAUAACACUCAAGGAUUUAAGGAGCCUAAUAUACAGACGUAUCUCUCUGGCUGUCCGAUAAAAGCACAAGUUCUGGACGUGGAACGUUUCACAUCUACAUCAAGGGUAUCAAGUAUCAAUCUGUAUACUAUUGAGUUAACACAUGGGGAAUUUAAAUGGCAAGUCAAGAGGAAAUUCAAGCACUUUCAAGAAUUCCACAGAGAACUGCUCAAGUACAAAGCCUUUAUCCGCAUUCCCAUUCCCACCAGAAGACAUACAUUUAGAAGACAAAAUGUCAAAGGGGAAGAGCCUCGACAAAUGCCCAGUUUGCCCAGUUCACAUGAAAAUAUGAUUCAAGAGGAACAGUUCUUUGGAAGAAGGAAACAGUUGGAAGAUUACCUGACCAAGAUACUAAAAAUGCCCAUGUAUAGAAACUACCAUGCCACAACAGAAUUCCUUGAUAUAAGCCAGUUAUCUUUCAUCCGUGACUUGGGACCAAAGGGCCUAGAAGGCAUGAUCAUGAAAAGAUCCGGGGGACACAGAAUACCAGGUUUGAAUUGCUGUGGUCAGGGGAGAGCCUGCUACAGAUGGUCAAAAAGGUGGUUAAUAGUGAAAGAUUCCUUUAUAUUAUAUAUGAAACCAGACAGUGGUGCUAUUGCCUUUGUCCUGCUGGUGGAUAAAGAAUUUAGAAUUAAGGUGGGGAAGAAGGAGACAGAAACGAAAUAUGGACUUCGAAUUGAUAAUCUUUCAAGGACACUUAUUUUAAAAUGCAACAGCUAUAGACAUGCUCGGUGGUGGGGAGGAGCUAUAGAAGAAUUCAUCCAGAAACACGGCACCAACUUCCUUAAGGACCAUCGAUUUGGGUCCUAUGCUGCUAUCCAGGACAACACUUUAGCUAAAUGGUAUGUUAAUGCCAAAGGAUAUUUUGAAGAUGUGGCAAAUGCAAUGGAAGAAGCAAAAGAAGAGAUUUUUAUCACAGAUUGGUGGUUGAGUCCAGAAAUCUUCCUUAAACGCCCAGUAGUUGAAGGAAAUCGUUGGAGGUUGGACUGCAUUCUUAAACGAAAAGCACAACAAGGGGUGAAGAUCUUCAUAAUGCUUUACAAGGAGGUGGAGCUUGCUCUGGGAAUCAAUAGUGAAUACAGCAAGAGGACUUUAGUGAGGCUGCACCCCAACAUCAAGGUGAUGAGGCACCCAGAUCAUGUGUCAUCCAGCGUUUAUUUAUGGGCUCAUCAUGAGAAACUUGUCAUCAUCGAUCAAUCAGUGGCCUUUGUAGGUGGGAUUGACCUGGCCUAUGGACGGUGGGAUGACAACGAACACAGACUCACAGAUGUGGGAAGUGUGAAGCGGGUCGUUUCAGGACCGUCCCUGGGUUCUCUCACAGCUGCAAUCACAGAGUCUAUGGAAUCCUUAGGCCUCACAGAUAAAAAUGAAUCUAAUAAAAAUGUUCCCAGCUUGAAGAGUCCUGAUGAGACAGAUUCAAAACUGAAAGGUGUAGGAAAGCCACGAAAGUUGUCCAAACUUAACCUCUACCGGCAGCUCCACUGGCACCACCUGCACAACUCGGACAGCGUCAGCAGCCUGGACAGCGCCUCCAGUUAUGUUAAUCACUAUAGAAGUCACCAGAAUUUAAUCCAUGGUUUAAAACCCCACUUGAAACUCUUUCGCCCUUCCAGUGGGUCUGAACAGGGACUCACUAGACCCAGCGCCGAUACCGGCUCCAUCCGCAGCUUACAGACUGGCGUGGGAGAGCUACACGGGGAGACCAGAUUCUGGCAUGGGAAGGACUACUGCAACUUUGUGUUCAAAGACUGGGUUCAACUGGAUAAACCUUUUGCUGAUUUCAUCGACAGGUACUCUACUCCCCGGAUGCCCUGGCAUGACAUUGCGUCUGUGGUCCACGGGAAGGCAGCUCGUGAUGUGGCGCGCCACUUCAUCCAGCGAUGGAACUUCACGAAGAUUAUGAAACCAAAAUAUCGGUCCCUUUCUUAUCCUUUUCUGCUUCCAAAGUCUCAAACCACAGCCCAUGAGCUGAGACACCAAGUGCCUGGGGCUGUCCACGCCAGCAUACAGUUGCUCCGCUCUGCUGCUGAUUGGUCUGCUGGUAUAAAGUACCAUGAAGAGUCUAUCCACACCGCUUACAUCCAUGUGAUAGAGAACAGCAAGCACUAUAUCUAUAUUGAAAACCAAUUUUUUAUAAGCUGUGCUGAUGACAAAGUUGUGUUCAACAAGGUGGGUGAUGCCAUUGCUCAGAGGAUCCUGAAAGCUCACAGGGAAGGCCGGAGGUACCGGGUGUAUGUUGUGAUACCACUGCUCCCGGGAUUUGAAGGAGACAUUUCAACUGGAGGAGGAAACGCUCUACAGGCCAUAAUGCACUUCAACUACAGAACCAUGUGCAGAGGAGAAAAUUCCAUCCUUGGACAGUUAAAAACAGAGCUUGGUAAUCAGUGGAUAAAUUACAUUUCAUUCUGUGGUCUUAGGACACAUGCAGAGCUUGAAGGAAACCUAGUCACUGAGCUUAUCUAUGUCCACAGCAAGUUGUUAAUUGCUGAUGAUAACACUGUUAUUAUUGGCUCUGCCAACAUAAAUGACCGAAGUAUGCUGGGGAAGCGUGACAGUGAGAUGGCUGUCAUUGUGCAGGACACAGGGACGAUCCCAUCAUUAAUGGAUGGACAGGAGUACCAGGCCGGCCGAUUUGCCCAAGGACUGCGGCUACAGUGCUUCAGGGUUGUCCUUGGCUAUCUUUCUGACCCAAGUGAGGACAUUCAGGAUCCAGUGAGUGACAAAUUCUUCAAGGAGGUAUGGGUUUCCACAGCAGCUCGAAAUGCUACAAUUUAUGAUAAGGUGUUCCGGUGCCUUCCCAAUGAUGAAGUACACAAUUUAAUGCAACUGAGAGACUUUAUAAACAAGCCCAUAUUAGCAAAGGAAGAUCCCAUUAGAGCUGAGGAAGAACUAAAAAAGAUCCGUGGAUUCUUGGUGCAAUUCCCCUUGUACUUCUUGUCUGAAGAAUCCCUGCUGCCUUCUGUUGGAACCAAAGAAGCCAUAGUGCCCAUGGAGGUUUGGACUUAAAUGAUGUACUUGUCUGCAGCACCAAGAUUUCUCCCCUGAAGCCCACAGUGCACACACUGACUUCAUGGGGAUCGCCUAGCCACAUCCAGGCCGAUGCACUCUCAAGUCCAACACGUGGACCUUUUGGAAUGGUUGUGGUCAUACUGAUGUAAGGACACUGAGCAUCAGCAAGGUUUUGUAAUUCCUUCUGUCCAUCCUUGUAAAAGAGGAUGCAUUCUUGUUGGUACCAUUUACUCAACACUUUAGAACACAAGCAAAUUCCAUGGUGUAUACCAAAAUCCAUUUGCUAGUAAGAAUUUAUAUGUAACUGUAAUACAGAUUGCCAAAAGUUUCCUGGGAUUCCAUCCUCUUCUCUGACCUCCAGGUAGGCAGCCACUCUCUGCUGGACUUACCACAUCAUUUAGUCUACACAGCACUGCUUGAGAUACCCUUUCUUACUAGAAGACAUUGUAGAACUGCAUGAAGUUUCCUACAGGUUACAGGGAUGCUCCUGCCCAUCCAGUCCUGUAGUCAUAGUGUUCACCCAACCAAGGAUGUGGUUAUUGUUUCUUUUCAGUCACUAUAGGGACAGAAAGACUAGUCUACACAGCAGUCCAUACCUUUGAUAACAUUAGUGCUAUAUCUUGACUCCAUAGAGUAACAGGAAGGAAUUAAAUUGCAGUACUGAAGCAGAGAUUUCAGUUUGUUCCCCAAAACACUGCCAAGAUGUGUUCUUGUGAUAGAGCCCAACUGAUCAAAUUUGAAAACAUGUUUAGGAUAUUUGAUUAUUUGAUUACAUAUCACACAGAUAAAACAUAGAUGGGCACACAUUCUUGAGAAACUUUCAGUGUCAGUAGAAAUCUAAUCUUGAUAAGAUUCUGUAUAGUCUUGUAAAAUUUUCAUCAUCCGUGAUUGAUUGGAAUUGGAAUUUCUUCAUUUCAUAAUCAAAUGAGUGAAUGCAAUUUGCCUUGCAAGAGAAUCAAAAGUUUCAUAAUUCCUACCAAGUUAAUGAAUCUAACUUUAUUUGACAUUCACUAUGUUAUCAUGUUUAAGGAAAAAAAUGAUUAUAAAAUAUAUGCUAUUUCACUUGCAUGGUUAAAUAUACUGUAAUAUUUCAGCAGGGCUUUCAAAGGAGUUAGGAUAUUCUUACAGCCUGAAGAGCUAAAGUGGGUUUCCAAGAGGCCUGUGAGCAAUAAAAAGGGUACAGGUGCAGGGGUUACACACAUGGAUGGAUCCCUGGGACAGAAUCUCCUUGGGGUUCUUCAAAGCAAGCGCUCAGUCUCUAUCUUCAUGAACUAAUACUCAGGUCAGAAAGAUGUAAGAGGACUACAGUGUCAAUGAUACAUAAUAGCAGAAUAGAUAGUGUCAUACCCGAGAGGCUUUCACAGCUAGAGAAAUGAGGUGGAAUUUUAUAAGCCGUUCUGGAAAUGAGUAUUUAUGAAUAAAUAACUUAUUUUUAUAUGGCUGGAGAUGGUAAAAUGACUUAACUUCUUAGCUUUUAUAAAUGAGACAUUUUACGAAAGUUUGAUGAAAAGUUUAGAGUAGCCUUUGAUGUGCUGAGUGUAUUCAGAAAUACUUACGGGCUCUUGUAUUUUAUUUUAAAAUAUUUUGUAUGGCUUAUGAACAAACUGGCCUUGGUUUUGUGAAAACUGUUCUUAUUAAAACAUGAAAAGUAAAGGGUCUAAAAGGAACCCCGCUAUGUAGCUCAGGCUGACCUCAAACUCACAGUGGUCCUCCUGCCUCAGCCUUCAGAGUGCUGAGAUUAUAGGUGCAUGUGCUGCCAUGGCCAGCAGCUCUUCACCUUAAAAAAUCAUUCAGUUCAAUCCCUCUGCAUAUUAUAGAUGAGGUAACUGAGGCUCAGAUUGGAUGAAGGACUGAUUUAAACCCAUAAGAUAUAGAUGGCAGAACUGGGACUAGCAAAAUUGCUGCAGUCUAUAGUUGUCCUCUCCACCUCAACACUGCCCCAAAAUGAGGACAUGCAGGGAAUUUUAGAAGGCUAUCUUUAAGCUGUUUUGAACCCUGCCUAUAUCUAACUACUAGGGUAGAAGAGCCAUAAGGCAGAGAUUUCACCACUGUUGUUCAUAGUGAGUCCCCACAGCCUGGAACAGUGCCUGGUUCAUAGAAGAGGUCAGUAAAUGUCUGUGGAAUGAAUAUAAAAGGAGGAGAGAGCUAAUGAAAAGAAAACCUUUCUAUGCCUCAGGCCAGAAAUCUUACUGUUGGUUUCCCUUGCAAGUUUUUCUACUUCUCAGAGCCAAGAUUUUUAUCCACAAAAAAAAGCGACAAAGUGUAUUUGGAGGAAUCUUAUGGAAAAUUCAGUGCAAUAAUUGUGUUUUAUGCAGUAGCAGUUUACAGAGUGCAACAUUCUGUAAGAACUGCAUGGAAUGUGGCAUGGAUGUACUGUAUAACCUAAUUACCUAUCGUUUUUGGACACCGUCAAUACCUACUGGAAGUUGAAAUGAUGUAUCUUAACAUCGAAAUGUCUGAUAACUUUAAAAUGUAAGUCAUGUAAAACCUUGAAAAGCUAUUAUGAAUUGUUCACUUCAAACUGACUGUAAUCUUUUGAAAUGCCUAUAAAUACUACUCCUGACAUCCUGCAAAUAUCUGUGAUAAUUUUUGUUUCUCCAAAGGAAAAAUUCUAUUAUUACAAUAAAUGAAGAGUAGAAAGUGG